UAAAAGGUACCGCGGCAGUGGGGUCUUGGGGAGUGGACACAUGGGGGUGCGGGUGUGCAGGUGCCAAGCACCAUGGGUUAGGCCCGAGAUCGGAGUCCGGCCGCCCCCCGACAGCAGCCGCCUCCUACUCCCCGCGCACCCCAGGCGCCACCAUGUCGGGCGACAAACUUCUAAGCGAACUCGGCUAUAAGCUGGGCCGCACCAUAGGCGAGGGCAGUUACUCCAAGGUGAAGGUGGCCACGUCCAAGAAGUACAAAGGCACGGUGGCGAUCAAGGUGGUGGACAGGCGGCGUGCACCACCCGACUUUGUCAAUAAGUUCCUGCCACGCGAGCUGUCCAUCCUGCGGGGCGUGCGGCACCCACACAUUGUGCACGUCUUCGAAUUCAUCGAGGUGUGCAACGGGAAGCUGUACAUCGUGAUGGAGGCAGCCGCCACUGACCUGCUACAGGCGGUGCAGCGUAAUGGACGUAUUCCCGGUGGGCAGGCGCGGGACCUCUUCGCCCAGAUCGCCGGCGCAGUGCGCUACCUGCACGACCACCACCUGGUGCACCGCGACCUCAAGUGCGAAAACGUGCUGCUGAGCCCCGACGAGCGCCGCGUCAAGCUCACCGACUUUGGCUUCGGCCGCCAGGCUCACGGCUACCCUGAUCUGAGCACCACCUACUGUGGCUCAGCGGCCUACGCGUCGCCCGAGGUCCUCCUGGGCAUCCCCUACGACCCCAAGAAGUACGACGUAUGGAGCCUGGGUGUAGUGCUCUACGUCAUGGUCACCGGGUGCAUGCCCUUCGACGACUCGGACAUCGCCGGUCUGCCACGCCGCCAGAAGCGCGGCGUUCUCUACCCCGACGGCCUCGAGCUGUCCGAGCGCUGCAAAGCCCUGAUCGCUGAGCUGCUGCAGUUCAGCCCGUCAGCCAGGCCCUCUGCCGGCCAGGUUGCGCGCAACGGCUGGCUGCGCUCGGGGGACUCCGGCUAGCUGCCGGGGCUCCCGCCAUUUCCCCAACGUCCCACGCUCGGAGCACUGCGCACGCGCGGCGCCCGCUCCGGAGGCGUGUCUGCGGGGGUCUCCCUAAGCCGCCGGGCGCCAGUGCGCAUGCGCCCUUCCCUCUCCCCUUCCCCCACUUCUCUAUCCCCGCGGGGGGUCACUAUUACCCCAGCGUGGAUUCUAGCUCCUGCUCCACGACGCCGAGAGCAGGAGGGCGCGUGGACGUCCUCGGUUCCCCCGCGAGAAGGCCCCGGGAGGGGGCGGAACGAGAGGAGACGCAGCAUUGCGCCUGCGCGGAACGAGCGGCCAUGUGGUUCCAGUCCCCCGCUGGUUGCGCUUUCCUUGGGGCUUGGCUUGCUCCGGGCGCUGCCCCCAGUGGAACUGGCAAUAAACUUGCUCUUCCUCGC